GGGUAGGAGGCCAGGGGAAAGACAGGGGAGGGCCAGGGGAAGACAGGGUAGGAGGCCAGACAGGGGUAGGAGGGCCAGAGGGGAAGACAGGGGUAGGAGGGGCCAGGGGGGAAGACAGGGGGGAGGCCAGGGGAAGACAGGGGUAG